UACCCAACCUGUUGGAAGGUCAAGCAGUAUAGAGGAUAAGGAGAGUGAAAAGAAGGGAUAUGGCAAGAGCUGGGAGCUGGAUAUCAUCAAGAUGCUCCAUAAACGCUAUAUCCCAAGCACAACCUAUUAAACCCUUCUAUUUUUCCCCAAACAACACCAAAGCUUCAUUAAAAGGAAAUGACUUCUCAUUGAUAACAAAAAGAAGUCAAAGGGCUUCUAAGCGUUUGGUGACAAUUUCUACCUCUGAUGGAAGAUGGCAUGGGGAAUGGAAGUGUGACUACAUUUUCUCUCUUCGAGAUCUUCAACUUGAAGAUUUAGCUGAAGAUGGCCAUAAAGAUACUCAAGUUUCCAUUAAUCUCUGUAUUCACAAGCACACAGGUUUUGGCCUCUCAGUGGAUGGAAGAGUUAUCACAUCUUUCACUAGAAAAUGUAGCAACUGCUCUUCCACAUACUGCAGAGAGAUUGAUGCAAGCUUUAAAGUUUGGGUUUUACCAUCAAGCAGACAAAAAGGAUCAGCUACCGAUGAGCUUCCACUGCUUGGUUGGGAUGAUCCAUCUGUUAUCUAUGUGAAACCAGGAUUUGAAGCUGACCUUGAUUCUCUAAUACAAGAUACCAUAAGCCUUGCUGCCGCUGUGAAAGAGACUUGUUCAGAAUCAUGUGAAAAAUCCCAACCUAAAUUGCAGCCUUUGGGCAAAGAGAAUGCUGCUUCAAUUGAUAGGAGGUGGUCCAGAUUAUUGGAGCUCAAGAAGGUAACUUUAAUGAAAUCUCAAUAGCUAUGGGGUGAGAUUGAUUAUUGCACCAAUGAUAAAAGAAGUUGGCUUUUAUUGACUCAAUGGGUUGGGGAAAGAGCCAACAAAGGAAAGAGAUAUUUGCGUUUGGAUCCAUCCCUCAUCACUCAAAUAUUCAUCUCAGUGUAGACACGGUUGUUACUUAAAGGACAAGGCAAAGCACCUGAAUCAUACUGUAAACAAAUACUUUAUAUUAGGAAUAAAAAGAACUCAUUCCUUUCUCU